CCAAAAAUGAUCAUUUUCAAAACGAUGGAAUAAGUAUAAAGGUGUUACUUGCAAUUUUCAUGUUAUUGUUAUUUUAAUAACGUAUCUUUGGUUGCGGUUAAACAAAAAUUUUAGUUGUUAACUUUGACGUCAAACUGUCGAAGCUGCCAAAUUCAGCAUUAAACGUUCAACAAAUUGAACACCAUCAAACAUGAGGGUAUGUCUUGAUUUUGGUAGGCUUAUAAAAUGCUCAUUUAUGACGCCUGAAUUUCUGAAUGCUACUUUAGGUUAAACUAAUUUGUUUUAGCUCGAUUGUGAUGAAAGCUUCAAGCUUAUUGUAAGCUUGAUCGAGUCCGCUUCCUGGAAAAACCAGCACUGGUGUCAUAUGACAUGGUCGUGACCCCAGUGGGGCUCGAACCAUCGAACCUGGAUUGAGCGGCCGAAACCUUAUCCACCUGACCACCGCUCCCAUGAAUGCUACUUUAUCAAUACAUUUCCAUAUAUAUCCCUGUCAUGCCAGAUUUACCAACUUAGAAUGAGUUCAUAAUCAAUGCCAUGUCUCAAAAAAAAAAAAUCCUCCCCAUCAUGAAAAUAAAACAGUUUCUUAUAAUGAUUCUCUUAAAAUAAAUUCAAAUGUCAGAGGUCCUUUGUACUUAAGACAAUGUUCAUAGAAACUAGAUGUUGAUCAAUUACAUUGUUGACAAGGCAAAAUCGUUUUAACAAUGUGUUACCGAUAAUGAUUACUUCGCAUGACUUCGCAUAUAUGACAAAAGGAAAAAAACAGUGGACAGCUGUUGAAUCAUUUAAUUGUGAAAAUUUUAUUUCUUUUGUUGCAACAGAUAGAAAGCAUGAUUAUCAAACUUCAUGAGGUCUGUAUAUUUUCCUUCAGGGAAAUAACACAUGAUUCUCUGUCACAUAUUGUACAAAUCGAAAUUCAGUGAAUACAUGCUUGUUAACGUAUUGCAAAUGAAAGAGCUUAUGUCGGAAAUACUGAUAGAAAAGACAUAACUGAAAUAUAUUUAAAUACAUUUAUCAUUAUAAGUUAUUAUACAAAUGGAAAUUCAGUGAAUACAUGCUUAUUAAUGUAUCUUAUGUCGGAAAUACUGAUAGAAAGGACAUAACCUAAAUAUUUAAAAACAUUUAUCAGUACUAGUUAUUAUACAAAUCGAAAUUCAGUGAAUACAUGCUUGUUAACCUAUUGCAAAUGAAAGAGCUUAUGUCGGAUAUACGGAUAGAAAAGACAUAACUGAAAUAUUUAAAUACAUUUAUUGGUAUUAGCUUAAACUUUUCAAGAAAGAAAGACUUAAAUGAAUGAUUAAAAUAUUCACUUUGGAUUAUUUUGCUUAUUCGUGUUUUGAAAUAACGUAAACCUGUUUACAAAAUAUGAAAUAAUUGGAAUUAUUCGCCGAUGACUUAAAAUCUAUUUUUUUUUAAAUUCAUAAUUUGCAUUGUAUGUGUGCUUUAGUAAUACGUUCUUGUGUUAAAUGAGCAAUUAUAAAGUAUUAUGAUAGUGUUCUGUUAAUGCAUGGAGUCUUUUCGAAAACAAUGUCAAAGGUUAUAUAACAUUUGUGUGACUAUCAGACGGUUUAUUCGACGGCACAAGUUUAAUAUGAUUUGUUUAAUUUCGAAUUUUUGUCGGCAAUGUAUAAAUAUGAGGGCACGGGAUGGCGUGAAAUACAUACAAGUUGUUGUCACCGUAAUAUUAUUAGCAUAUCUAGGAACAGUGCAUUUGCAUGACUUUUUUUCUACAAAAGAAAGACUGUCGGAAAAAAUUGGUAUUAAUCUUACUAAAAAGGAAACUCAAUUUCCAUACUUGCAUGUAACGCUUCCAAGAGUAACAUUUCGGCAUCAAUUGCUGCAUGCCAAGACUACGUUAUCACAGAAAACUGCCACGACUGCAUUACCAAUAGAUCCGAAUGUAUUCAGAAGGAAUGACACUACGCCAGAAUUAACGGAAAAAUUGCCAUUUCUAUCGGAUUACAAGUCUCCAUGUUGGAGAGAACUCGAUGAGAUACUGAAGCCUGAUAUCAGGCUGAACUGUUUACCGUAUUUCUAUGUGGUGGGUGUUUCACAAUGUGGAACCAAAGAUCUUUUCGAACGAUUGACGCAGCACCCUCUAAUAUCAAGUAAUGUGAAGGCGGGAAACCGCUGGUUAACCAGACUACGAUUUGCUGGAUUUCCAAAUUUAUCCGAUUAUCUACAAUACUACUACCGUGCUGUAGAAACAGAUAUUAAGAGGUUAAAAACAAAGGAGGGUUAUCAUAAUGCCAUAUUUGGGGAUUUCACGCCGUCAACUAUUUGGGACAAUCAUUUGCUAAACAAAGAAGCGAAGAAGUUAAAUAUGAGUGACCCACCUUAUACUCAUGCUGACGUCAUCAAGCGUUUAAACCCAAACGCUAGAAUUAUAGCUUUGUUAUGUGACCCAACUGAGAGGCUGUUUCAAGACUACCUAGGCAUGGCUGAAGAGAACGAAGCUAAUCCAUAUGCCGACGAAUUUCAUGCUCAUGUCAAAGCAUCUGUAAAAAGGUUUUCAAACUGUUUAAAAAACACCUCAUUUCUCCGAUGUGUUUACUUUGGGAAACCACCGUCAUCGUACCGUGCAGCGGGGCUGGUUAGAAUUGAGAUCGGCCUGUACCAUGUUCAUCUUGAAAAUUUUAUGAAGAUAUUCCCAAGGAAUCAGAUAUUGAUCGUCCAAAAGGAACAGCUUGAUAAACAGCCUGUCACAGUAAUACGAGACAUUUUCAGAUUUUUGGACGUUGGAAAUAUGGAAGAUCCGACCGCGUGGCAGAAAAUUGUAUUCAAUACAGGCACUGAUCUUAUCAAACGACCCAUUGGUGAUAUGAGACCGGACACUAGAAAACUUAUACAAGACUUUUACAAACCUUAUAAUGACCGAUUAACUCAACUUCUAGGACCUGAGUUUGACUAUAAUAAAAAUAGUUCUCUUGUUUUGAUAUAAUUAUGUUUAUAGACACUUGCUGCAGUUUCUUGAAUGAGGGAUGGGGCAAACAUUUCCCAAUUAGAGAAUUUGUUCAAACUUUGUAUAUGGACACUGUUUCAUGUUAAAACAGAAAAAUACAAAACAUUCGUAAGUCACUGUGCUUCUUUAAGAGUUAUCUGCCCUGAAAACUUGAUUUAUUUCUUCAAAUUUGAAUAGUCAAGGGCAGAUAUUCCUGAACAAGCAUGUUGACCUUCGAUAUUUUUUUCAUAAUUCUGUUUCUAACAUGACACUGUUCAUAUACAAAGUUUGAACAGAAUCUAUCAUUGUUUUUUUUUUACAAAAACAGUUACUGUCACAUGAUGCUUACAUUUUGUAUCUGUUGUUUCUCCUUAUUGCAUUAUAAUUAUUUCAGUUGAAAUUCGAUAACUCGAACUCGCUAAUAUCAAAACUUCGGCUAUCUCUUAGACAUUUUCAAGUCCCGUCCGAAAACAUGUGCACAAAGUAUCAUUUAAGUCGAAUUUCGGUUAUCUCGAAAUAAAUGCUCCAUUCCUUAGAAUUCGAGAUACCGAGUUCCAACUGUAUACGUCACAAUGCGAUAUGACAAAACUCUAAGGUUGCUAUGGGAAUCCAUGGCUGCUUCUAUGGGUUAUAAAAAUGGCCAAUGCAUGCCGAAAUAGCAUUACAAGAUUCGUAAUAGAACGGAAUUUUCGGGUUCACAAUACGUAUCAAUUACUUUAAAGAUAAACAUAACAUCUUGUAGCACUUUUACGACAAAACUUAGAUUUAAAAAUAUCCAUUCAAAUGAUUAUCUCAUUCGCACAUUUCGUAUUUAUAGCAUUAAUUUGAAUUUCUGAAUAUAUGAUAUUAUUAUUUAUUUUGCAUUUUCAAAAUUGGUUCCUUCGAUCUCUUUGUAUAAUUCAGCUGGUAAUGUUAGUGUGUUUCAUUUAUUACUCAUAUAAAAGUAGUUGGAAUUAUUGAUUAACUUCAUAGUUACACUCAAACUUCAUAACCAAUGUUGAUAUUUAUAAAUCUUUUCCUUCCAUGUUCGUCAUUUUUAAAAUUACUUGCCUCCUCAACGUACCACGUCUUAUCGAAUACUGGAUUUCCGUACAACCUCUGUUAAAUCAAAACUUUAUUUGAGUAAUUAGAAUAAAAUUGCGGAAUCCCA